AUGACAAUGGCACGAAAAGUUGCAUGGAAGCUGCCCGCGUCGGUCGGCGCAACUAUCCUAUACCACGGCGUGGUAAAGAACGGAUUCACUGUACUACCAGACAUAUAUACUUUGAUCAUUGAUCGUAAGCAACUUGAAGAAGACACCGAUAUUUCGGGCAUAUAUGAAUGCAUGGUUUUGGCGGAAAAUCAGGAAAAUGUGACCGAAACGAACUGGUUCUUUUUGCGUUGGGGUGUGGACAUGUUUCCACUGGAAUCGAUGCUACUUCGAGAUAAACCGAUUAUCAAAUAUCAACGAAAUAUUAUCGGCAGUAUUGUGGCACCAAUAUUGGUAUUAAUUGGAGCCGCGCUGAUUAAAUUGUUCGUGUACAUUAAAGCACGUCGAUCGAAGUCACGUGAAUUGGACAUCGCAGACCAUGCUGAAGGUAUCCACUUUCGUGUUUACCAAGUCUCCGGAUUCUACGGACCGGAACGGAAUGGUCAUCAAACGGAGAAGAAUUACAAUUGUUACCCAAAUGGUACGCUUACAUUGGCCGAACGGAACGGGGUUUCAAGGUCACAUAGCAAAGACUGA